AUAUCACCGGCCCGCGGCUUUUAAAUAGCUCCCAUCUCCUUCGACGCUAAACCGCCAUCAUCAACUUCGUCAUCCCAUUUUAACCAUGGCGUUCUUUUUACGGCGUCCAUUCGCCGUUCCAACGGCGCUGCGUCAAGUCCCCAAAACUGCCAACACUGCUCGAUUCUUCCACAACUCACCUUUUAAGCCAUCCCAAUCUAAGCCACUCGGCCCGGCCACCUCCUCUAUCUUCGCGAAAUCUAGACAGACCUUUCAGAAUGCCUUCCGUCGUACUUACAUGCAGCCUACCUACAAUGCCGCUCAGGGUGGCAAUCUCACUCAGCGACUCCUGUAUGGCGCCGCCAUCGUUGGUGGAACAAUCCUGGCGACCAACAUGAUCUUCAACCGCGAAACUAGAGAGGAUGGUGGCAUGGCUCCCUACGAACGUAGCUAUCUGAACGAGACUUUUAUGCACACUGGACUUGGUAUCGCUAUUAUUGGUAUUGCCGCUAGGGCUAUGCACAUGAACGGAUGGUCUUACCGUUUGAUGGCCAUGAACCCUUGGCUUGUCGCUGGUCUAGGCUUGGUUGGAAGCAUCGGAACUAUGUAUGGCACUUACUACACUUCUCCCGACAACUACUUGGCUAAGUACGGUCUCUGGACCGCUUUCAACGUCACUCAGGCAGCCCUCCUCUCGCCCUUGAUGUUCAUGCACCCCGCUCUACUUGCUCGUGCUGGUCUUUACACUGUUGGAAUGAUGGGAUCUAUUGCUUUCGUUGGUGCUACUGCUAAGCAGGACAAGUACCUGUACCUUGGUGCCCCCCUGCUCGCCGGUGUGACUAUCGUCGCUCUUUCUGGUCUCGCUCCUCUUGUCCUCCCCGCUACCGCCACCCGCACUUUGAUGUGGUCUGAGAAGAUCUGGCUGUAUGGAGGUCUUGCUGUCUUCGGUGGUUUCACUCUCUACGAUGUGCAGAAGGUCCUGCACCACUCUCGUAUGGCCCAGAGGGGCCUUAUCCGGAGGGAUGUUGUCAACGAGAGUAUCAGCCUUGAGCUUGACUUCAUCAAUAUCUUCAUCCGUAUGGUCCAGAUUUUGGCCAUGCAGCGCAACAACCGGAAAUAAGCUCCUGCGUCAAGCCACGUCUAAAUAAAAUGGUCAAACCUUGAUCGGCGACAAGGCCACAAACGACACGAAAUGAAACCUCAGUUUCAUCUCACUCGACAACCAGAAGCCAUGACACUGGGAGAUGAUCUUGGAGGAAAGUGAAUUCAAUUCGGUCUCGCCUUUUUCGCAAUUCGUUGACUUCUUUAUGUAUUAUAUUCGCAUGGGAUAGCUGCUUGCUGGCUGCUCAUCUCCCGCCUCACAUGUAUAACUCGUUCUGUGAGACAUACUAGCCACUCCUGCUGAAUCGCAGGGUCAGCAACCUGAUUUUAUAAUCAAGUUGGCAUAAAGUCACAGCAAAGAUAUCUGGGUCUCAUGUCAGACGUCUAGAGUUGGAAGUAGUAUCUCCGCUCCACUUGAAGAAUAAAUUUUUAUUUGAAAAGAAACAGGAAAGGAGAAUUCCCAGAGUUCCUUAGUUAUUACGUAGCUCAUCCUCCACUUCACCAACUCGAAAUAGCAUGGUCGUUUACUUUCUAUAUAGAGGCCACUUUCUCGCUCGAAUCGAAAUACAUGUACGUGUA